AUGAAGAUUUCGUCCACUUUGGGAUUUGCCUUGAUCGGAGUAUGCGUCGCCGUUGAACCUUGGUUUAAUACGAUCGAACCCUCGGGUGAUGGUUUUGUUAAGACAGAAAUUGCUGGCCAGCCGUACUGGUAUAAAACUCAGCUUCUUCCAGAAUUGGACCCCGGUCAAAUCGUCUACACCACUCAAGGCGAUGUGUUCGACAACAUCUUUUCGAAUUUUGGGCAAUUCUCGCUUUUGUCUGAUUACGUCGACAACUACUCGAAAUAUUUGAGUAAGUUCACCGAUGUUAUUGCGUCGUUACCUACCGUGGUUGUUGGCGACCCAGGCGUCGAAACAGCUAAUACUGAUGCAGGCCAGGCGCCGUCUACGUCCACACAAACACAAAGCCUUGGUGAUGGGGUUAAUGUUGAUUCAGCGGGUGGUGGAGAAGCUGAUGCUACCUCCUUGACUACCGCGGAAAGUUCGGUACCUGUGGAGUCCGCAUCAGUUGAUUCUAAUGAGAGAAGUCUCCGGGGUGUGACUCUUACUUCGUCAAGUGCCGAAGAGUCUGUGACAACUGCUGGAGGCACGGCGAUUGCGGAAGAUUCACUUGCCAACAACAAUGGACCGGGGUCUGUGGAACAAAUUUCAACGGGAAAUACUGCAGAAAGCUCCCCUGACGAACAGCCGACAUUUGCUGACGGCAAUGGAGACCCAACAGGCAUGGAGUCUGCACCCGGUAACCAUCAAAACACCAUUGGAACCAAAGCUACCUUGACCGGUAAUAACAAUGCAAACACGGUUGUGGGUAAAACCACCUCCAAGCCUGGAGCUAGUCACUCAACUUCGUCGGCUGAAUCCUCGCAAAACGACGCAACCACGUUUGAGGCCGAAUUUUGGACUUUUGCAGCUUUGUUGAUGGUACUUUUGUAA